ACCAAAAGCGAAAGGGACAAAAUAUAAGAGGCUAAGUAUCUAUGUAGAUUGAAGAGGCGAAAUAGAUAUAUAUAGAGAGAGAGAGAGAGAUUGAAGAACCAUUGAUCUUACUGCAUAUGUAUACAUAUACCCUGUUUGUUAGUGAUUAAUUAAAAACAAUUUGGUUUUGAGUUUGUAGAAUCACAAUCACAAGCAUGGAGAGUGAGAUGAGAGUAGGAGAGAGCUUGGGUGAGCUGAGGCAAAGUUUCAGAAGUGGAAGAACAAGAAGCGCUUCUUGGAGGAAAGCCCAGCUUCAAGCUAUCCUAAAGCUCAUCACUGAAAAUGAAGACAAGAUUUUCAAAGCACUUCAAGAAGAUCUUGGAAAGCAUCCUGUCGAAUCUUACCGUGAUGAAAUUGGAGUUGUGUUUAAAUCAGCCAACCACUCUCUGGCCUCUCUUGAGAAAUGGAUGGCCCCCAAAAAGGGUCACAUACCAUUACUUUUCUUCCCAGCGAAAGGAGAAGUGUUGCCAGAACCGCUUGGCCUAGUACUCAUAUUUGUUUCUUGGAACUUCCCUAUCUCAUUGGCGUUGGACCCAUUGAUAGGAGCAAUAUCUGCAGGAAACACAGCAGUCCUAAAACCUUCAGAUCUAUCCCCGGCAUGCUCUUCAUUCCUUGCUGAUACAAUCCCUCUUUACUUGGACAACAAAGCCAUUAAAGUCAUUAAAGGCGGGACAGAUGUUGCUGAAAAACUACUGCAGCAGAAAUGGGACAAGAUAUUCUUCACAGGGAGUCCACGAGUGGGACGAAUUGUCAUGUCUGCAGCUGCAAAGCAUCUAACACCUGUCACUCUGGAGCUGGGCGGAAAAUGUCCUGUAAUACUCGACUCCCUCACAAACCUCUCAGAUAUAAAGGUGGCUGUCAAAAGGAUAGUUGGGGGAAAAUGGGGACCCUGCAGUGGCCAAGCAUGUAUAGGAAUAGAUUAUGUGCUUGUGGAACACAGAUUUGCUUCUCUUCUGAUUGAAUCAUUGAAGAGGACUAUCAAGAAAUUUCAUGGUGAUAACCCGAGAAGCUUGAGGUUCCUCUCCAGAAUUGUCAACAAGCACCACUUUGAUAGACUUCGCAAUCUUCUUGAAGAUCCUAAAGUCGAAGCUUCCAUUGUUCACGGUGGUUCACUAGACAAAAAGAAUUUGAUCAUCGAACCAACAAUCUUGCUAGAUCCUCCACUUGAUGCUGAGAUCAUGACCGAAGAAAUAUUUGGCCCAUUCCUUCCAAUUAUCACUUUGGACAACAUUCAGGAAAGCAUUGAAUUCAUAAACUCGAGGCCUAAACCUCUUGCCAUCUAUGCAUUCACCAAGAAUGAAGCAUUCAAGAAACAGAUUUUGACAGAAACAUCAUCAGGAAGUGUGGUUUUCAACGAUGUCAUGGUUCAGUUUCUAUGUGAUGAGCUGCCAUUUGGAGGCGUCGGCCAGAGUGGUUUAGGGAGGUACCAUGGGAAGUACUCUUUCGAUACCUUCAGCCAUGAAAAGGCAGUUUUGCAUAGAAGUUUCUUCCUCGAACUGGAGCCGAGGUACCCUCCAUGGAAUGAUUUCAAGUUACAAUUCAUCAGAUUGGCUUACAGAUUCAACUACGUUGGAUUACUGCUUCUCGUGUUGGGCUUGAAGAGAACAUUCACAUGAAGCAAAUGACCUUGAACUUUGACAAACAAACAUGUUUUGAUAUUAUAAAGUAUGUGCCUUAAGACAGAUAAAAGGGCAGAUCCAUUAUAUAUAUGCUUGUUAGAAUGAUGCACCCUUGAUAUUCAGAAAUAUUUAUGGCACUGGUCUGAACAUUAAAUAUUAGUUUGAAAUUCACAAAAACAUCUGAAACUGAGGUAUUGAACUGCA